GACGUACUAAACUGGGGUCCUAAGACGCUCACAUUUCCAAGAUGGCUGCUUCCAUCGCUGGAUUACUAAAACCUUGGACACCGAGAGUGGUUUUGGUGAGAUGGAGCAGAUACAAUCCUUACUAUCUGGAGCCCGAGGUCAAGAAGGAGGUUUACAGCCGACCAGUGAGUGAGCUGAGUGCUGAGGAGGUAGAGGAGCGUGAGCAGAAGCUGGUACAACCCAUCAAAGCUGCGACCAAUUCAAUAACCAGCUCGGUUUUUUAUGACCCAGUUGUCAGUAAAUUCACCAACAUAAUGAUGAAAGAGGGAAACAAACGUUUGGCCAGAGAGAUUAUGACAAAGACACUGGAGCUCAUAAAAAGGAAACAAGUGGAAAAAUAUCACAAAUCUUCAGCGGAAAAUAAAGCAGUGAUUGAGUGUAAUCCCCUCACGAUUUUUCACCAGGCUUUGGAGAACUGUAAGCCCGUGGUUGGUCUGACCACCGUAGAUAAAGGUGGAAAACACUACCAGGUGCCCGUCCCACUCACAGAGAGCCGACGCCGCUUCCUUGCAAUGAAAUGGAUGAUCACAGAAUGCAGAGAGGGCAAAGACGAUCGCGUGUACAUGUAUGAAAAACUCGCUGAGGAACUGCUCAUUGCCUUUAACAAAGAGGGCAAAAUCAUCAAGAAGAGGCUUGAUAUGCACAAGAUGGCUGAAUCUAACAGAGCAUACGCCCACUUCCGCUGGUGGUAGACAAAAACAUUUUGGGACUGAAGUAUUGUCCAUUCACAUUACUGCUCAAAUAACUGUAAAUAACAUGAAACUCCCUGUGGAAGGAGGUGAAAUAUGCUUAAAGUCAAAAGUACGGUUGUUUUUGGAUUAAAUAAUUUGUACUGAGUACAGUAAA